AUGAAUGCAAAAUUUUUCUCCUUUUUGCCUCUUUUUCCUAUUUCCUUUUCACUUUUGCUCUUUUUUCCUUUUGCUCUUUUUUCCUUUUGCUCUUUUUUCCUUUUGCUCUUUUUCCUUUUGCUCUUUUUCUUUUUACCUUUUUUCCUUUUACCUUUUUUCCUUUUUCCUUUUUCUUCCUUUUUCGUUUUUCUUCCUUUUCGUUUUUUUCCUUUUUCCUUUUUCUUCCUUUUUCCUUUUCUUUUUCCUUUUCUUUUUUUUUUUUUUCUUUUUUUUUUUUCAUUUUUCCUUUUCAUUUUUCCUUUUUUCCUUUCUUUCCUUUUUCCUUUCUUUCCUUUUUCCUUUCUUUCCUUUUUCCUUUCUUUCCUUUUUCCUUUCUUUCUUUUUUUCCUUUCUUUCCUUUUCCUUUUUCUUUCCUUUUUCCUUUUUUCCUUUUCCUUUUCUUUUCCUUUUUUCCUUUUUUCCUUUCCUUUUCCUUUUUUUUCCUUUCUUUUCCUUUUUCCUCUUUUUUCCUCUAUUUUUUUCUAUUUUUUUCUCUUUUUCUCUUCUUUUUGUCCUUUUUUUUCUCUUCUUUUGUCCUUUUUUUCUCUUCUUUUGUCCUUUUUUUUCUCUUCUUUUGUCCUUUUUUUCUCUUCUUUUGUCCUUUUUUUCUCUUCUUUUGUCCUUUUUUUCUCUUCUUUUGUCCUUUUUUUUCUCUUCUUUUGUCCUUUUUUUCUCUUCUUUUGUCCUUUUUUACUAGUAUUUGAAGCAGCCCUUCAUUCUCUUGCGUCUCCUUUCAGGCAGCCCUUCAUUCUCUUGCGUCUCCUUUCAGGCAGCCCUUCAUUCUCUUGGGUCUCCUUUCAGGCAGCCCUUCAUUCUCUUGGGUCUCCUUUCAGGAAGCCCUUCAUUCUCUUGAGUCUCUUUUCAGCCAGCCCUUCUUUCACUUGGGUCUCCUUUCAGCCAGCCCUUCUUUCACUUGGGUCUCCUUUCAGCCAGCCCUUCUUUCACUUGGGUCUCCUUUCAGCCAGCCCCUUCUUUCACUUGGGUCUCCUUUCAGCCAGCCCUUCUUUCACUUGGGUCUCCUUUUCAGCCAGCCCUUCUUUCACUUGGGUCUCUUCGCGUCUCUUUUCAGCCAGCCCUUCUUUCCUUGGGUCUCCUUUUGCAGCCCUUCUUUCCUUGGGUCUCCUUUCAGCCAGCCCUUCUUUCUCUUUUGGGUCUCCUUUCAGCCAGCCCUUCUUUCACUUGGGUCUCCUUUCAGCCAGCCCUUCUUUCACUUGGGUCUCCUUUCAGCCAGCCCUUCUUUCACUUGGGUCUCCUUUCAGCCAGCCCUUCUUUCACUUGGGUCUCCUUUCAGCCAGCCUUCUUUCGCUUGGGUCUCCUUUCAGCCAGCCUUCUUUCCUUGGGUCUCCUUUCAGCCAGCCCUUCUUUCACUUGGGUCUCCUUUCAGCCCUUCCCUUCUUUCGCUUGCGUCUCUUUUCAGGCAGCCCUUCUUUCGCUUGCGUCUCUUUUCAGGCAGCCCUUCUUUCGCUUGCGUCUCCCUUCAGCCAGCCCUUCUUUCGCUUGCGUCUCCUUUCAGCCAGCCCUUCUUUCGCUUGGGUCUCCCUUCAGCCAGCCCUUCUUUCACUUGGGUCUCCCUUCAGCCAGCCCUUCUUUCACUUGUGUUUCUCCAUGCCUGCUGUGUUCUCUUUCAUCCCUUUUUCUUGUACUCUUUACUUCUCUUUGCAUUGUCUUCCAUUUGCUUGCCUUUCCCUGAUGACAUAA